UGACGGCUCAUUACAAAGAAAGCACGGCACCCCGAAGAGAGAGAGAGGCAAAACGCACGAAACAAUAUGAGAAAUUUUCUUAAAUUCUCUUUGAAAGUCAAUAAAUUUUAACACAACACGACUCCAGUCAUGGAAGAGUACCGGUUCGAGAAGAGCGAGAUACAGGCUUCGUUCAUGAUGUCGACACCGCUAUGGUCCGAGUCAUGGAGUUUAUGCAACGCCGCUGAUUGCGUAGGGAACAUUCAAAUCCAACACGUCGCCGGAAUCAUGUAUGUUGCUUUACCGAAGGUGGAGAUGAAUCAACCUGGGAAUCUCGUGGGCGUAGAAGUUGCCGGAGAUGGGCUUUUCGCGGCCUUGUCCUCAUCAUUACUCUCCGGUGAGCCUCCGUUUAUGGUCAACGAUGUAAUACUUGAACUUUUUGUUUCAACGGGUCUCCUUAUUCAAUCACAGAUCACAAAAGGAUUGGAACUGGAAGAAACUAAACAAGUGGUAAUUACCGGACAUUCAACUGGCGGCGCGUUGGCGGCACUCACCGCACUUUGGCUUCUCUCACAACCUUCUCCGCCGCCAUUCCGCCUCCUCUGCAUCACCUUCGGCUCUCCUCUGCUCGGAAACCAAUCUUUCUCUUUCUCAGUGUCCCGAUCACGUUUAGCCUACAAGUUCUGCCACGUGGUGUCCAUCCACGACCUCGUUCCUAGAGGAAAUGCUGAUCGAUUCUGGCCCUUCGGAACCUAUCUCUUCUGCUCCGACAGUGGAGGUCUUUGCUUAGAAAAUGCUGAUUCAGUUUGUGGGAUGUUUCGUAUACUCAACUCGACAGGAACUCCAAACAUUGAGGAACAUCAAGGGUACGGAUAUUACGUGUCCACACUCUCUUACCAGUUUCUUAUAUCUAGAAGCUUUCGUGGUGGACGUAUCUCAGACAAUAGCUACGAAGCUGGUGCUGCAUUUGCUGUUGAGUCUCUAGGAUUCUCUAAUGAUCAAGAAAUUGGUGUGUUGGUGAAAGAGUGCAUAGAAACAGCUACAAAGAAAAAUCGUGCUCCGAUUUUGAGAACGAGUGAGUUACCAAAGCACAUUGAAUGGUACAAACAUAAUUGCGACGUGUCACCAAAGCAGUUCGGUUACUACGAUAACUUUAGACAAUUCUCAAAUACAAGAGAGAUAAGGGUGAACAUGAGUCGGGCAAAGCUAGCUAAGUUUUGGGAUGGCGUGUUUGAAAUGGUGGAGAAGAAUGAGUUACCUUUUGAUUUUUAUCUGGCAAAGAAAUGGGUAUACACAUCAAAGUUUUACCAACUCUUAUUCGAACCACUCGACAUUGCGUACUUCUACAAGUACAAAUACUCAAGGACGAGUGGUCAUUACAUGAAGAGUGGGAAUAGACCCAAAAGGUAUGAAGUGAUUGAUAAGUGGUGGAAAGCAAGAGGAGAGCCUCAUAAAGAGAAGCGUGCGAGGACUCGAUACGCUAGCACUACGCAGGAUACUUGCUUUUGGGCUAAGCUUGAGGAAGCAAAAGAGUGUUUGGAUGAUCUGACCUGCGAGAGUAGUGAUGCACAGAAGCAAACUUUGUUAUGGAAAAAGAUUUAUGAGUUUGAGAGAUACUCCGCUACAUUGGUGAAGAUGAAGGAAGUUUCGAAAGAUGUCUUGGCGAAGAACUCGAGUUACACUGUGUGGGUGGAGAAACUAAGAGAGUUCAACAAGUUAAAAAUGAGUAAUGGAGUUGUUGAUGAGAGUGACGCAAUGGAGACUUAGUAGGAUUAAUAGCAAAUCUAACAUGAUAUGCUAUAUAACAACCUUUAUCAAUUACUGUUCAUGUUUAUGUAAUAUUUUCUCAUGUAUGCUACUAUAUUCUAAGACGAUGUUUAUCUUUAUGUUCAAU